UCCCUUCAGGCCCUUAUUUUCUUCCCUUUUGCAUAUAAAUCCAUGCUAGACAAGUGCAGCUUUGCAUUCAACUUUGGUUCAGUGAAGGCAGCGAGCAGACAAACCCUGAGGAGGUGGAGCUACGACGAGACUCAUAAAACCAAAAGCUUAUUCCUCAUCUCACUGCCAAGGUGACGCGCACAGCGGCUGACUAAUAGCUUCUUACCUCCGUGGCCCAGCAGCGAGGUGGCAUGAACACGGCCGGGCUCGGAAGUUUUGGGUCCAAGUUUUUUUCUCGGAUCCAGUGCUCUUCUCCAGAAAGAACCAAAUCUGCCCAGGAGUGGCCUAAUGCGUAAAAGCCAACGAAGACGCAGAGACGCGCAGAAAUAUCGGCUUCCUGUGCGUGAUAUUCUGCUUGAUCCAGACCCUGAGGAUACCUUUGAUUUACAGUCUUGAUCUCUGGACUAAAAAGACUCUACAGCGGGAAUAUGACAGCUCGUUCGGGCCACUGAAGGAGUGGUUAUCGGUAGUCGCUUGCUGUUUGUUGAAGUGACCGCACAGCCACACUAUGCAGCAUCAUUUGGACAUGGGGGCGCAUUACUAUCCUCCAGAACUUCACCCCGACCAUAGAACUCAUCGCUACAGGAGUUUCAUGAUAGAGGAGAUCCUGACUGAUCACCCGGAGCACAAAGUGUCUGCUCCGGCAGGAGAGUUCCUUAAAUUCGGGGUGCAUGCGCUCCUGUCCACGCGGCCUUUCCAUAACCAACUGGUGCUCAAAGCCGACCAGACAAGCCUCCUCAAGUUCCCCAUCUCCCCACUGUCCUGCUCGCUGGGCCCCUCGCUCGGCUCCCCGCUGCUGUCCGGGGCUCCGGGCCUUCAGGUCGGCGCGGCGUCACACCACCUGCCGCUGGACCUGCAUCUCCGCGGGAAGCUGGAGCACGGACUGGAGCACGGAGGCAGCAAGACGAAGAAGGGCCGCAGGAGCCGCACCGUGUUCACCGAGCUGCAGCUCAUGGGCCUGGAGAAACGCUUCGAGAAGCAGAAGUAUCUGUCCACGCCCGAUAGAAUAGACCUUGCUGAGUCGUUGGGUCUCAGUCAGUUGCAGGUGAAAACAUGGUACCAGAACAGAAGGAUGAAAUGGAAGAAAAUUGUGCUGCAGGGAGGAGGCCUGGAGUCUCCGACCAAACCAAAAGGCCGCCCAAAGAAGAACUCCAUCCCCAGCAGUGAGCAGCUCUCUGAGCAGGAGAGAUCUGCUACUGAGGCCGACCCUCAGUCAGAAGGCUCCAGCUCCCAUCCAGAGAGCGCCCAGGAGGAGUGACCCAGCCGCAGCCCUGCAGAACUCUGACUGUGUAUGCAGAACUCUGGGACUGUCAGUUUGUAUCUCUUGGAUGGGGGCACGUCUGAAAAAAAAAAAACAUUGAGAGGAUGCUCCUGAAGCUGGACCCCUCACCCAGACUGCAGAGACACUCAGGCCCUGCAGAGACCUGAACUGUUACAGCCCUGUGUCUAUGUCGUAGCCCUCUGUGCAUUCCCUCACGAUGAACUCGCUGCUGUUGAGGAGGGAACUCAAACUUUGCAGUAGGUCUGACCUUUAUAUUCUAAGGAUCCACUCUCACUCGUCUGUUCUGCAUUCCUUUUGUGUAAC